AUGGAGAAAGAAAGUAAUUGUUUUUCUAGACUCUCUACCUCUGAUGAUGGUCAGAAAGUUGUGAUCAGGCUUAAUGGAACCCAAUCUUUUGGUCCUUUCAGAAAAAUAUCAAAACCACCUUUGGAAGAACCUCCACCAUCAACGCGUGUUACUUCCACUAGCAUAUCUGUAAAGCAUAACCCUGUACCUAGAAGUUUUCAAGAAAUAAAAGGAAAUCCGAUAAUGAUUAAACAUGAAACUGUAUGGGGAAAUCACACUACUCACGUUCAAAAAUCUACUCAUCGGGUAGAACAUACACAUAGGCCUCAUCCAUUUACCAAUCAAACUUCUCAGUCUCCAUGUAAAAUAAAUUCAAGCGUUAACGAUCGUCAACCUCAAUCGAUUAAUCGUGAAAGUAAACCCUCCUCUUCUUCUAAAUCAACAAUUGAUGAUAAGAAAAGACGUCAAUUAGCGGUUAAGUCUAAGAAUUCUUAUAAACGUGAUGAGGAUGCUGACGUUUUUUCUGAGGAUGAAUUUGAUGAAAAAAAAGCUGAUCAAACUUUGCUUAAACUUGUAAAAAAACCAUCAAAGAAAUUUAAAAGUGGUGAAUAUACAUGGACUGAAAUAAAACCAUAUGUAGUUAAUAUGCAUUUUCCUAGAUUCCGUCAAUAUCUGAAAGAUAAAGAUAUCAUCGCCCCAAAUGCAAUGAUAUUUCGAUGUAUUAAAGAUCUCCAUAUAUCUCGACGUGAUGUUUGGCUUAAGAAACGCAGACGUGAACGUGAACGAAGAUCCGAUGAAAAAUUGCGGGCUGUAGAACCAGCUGAAUCAAGAUCUGAUGGUUAUGUUCCAUAUAGGAUGAAAACAUAA